GGGGUAUUGGAAUUGGAUUGGGCAUUCAAUCCAGCGGGAUCCAGCGUGCUUCAGCUUAGCACGGCAGCUGUUCCUCACGGUCCCGUUCUAGUCUGCUGAUUGUUAGUGGCGCGCGGGCCCCUCCUCCAACCGCAUUACCCUUCCCAUGAUACUCGCAGGUGGAUUUUAUUCAGGUGGGAGGUCUAUGCUCGACUGUUCCAUCGCGCCAGAAAGUUGCGGAGGGUGACAGUGGGUGCCUUGGGACCAUGUCCGCAAGUUGAUGUGAUCAGCAGUGUCGACGUUAACCCGUAACUUCAUUGCUUUCCUGUCACUGAGCAGGCUACGGGUGUACGGUCUCUCUUUCGCACCUGGACUGCGUUGUGUCCCAAUUUCCAUGUGAAAAGAAACGACUGACAUCACUUCAGAUAAUCGCACCACCAAGAGGACCAUCAAUUUGUAAAAAAGUUUCACCAUUUCUGAAGGCUCGCUGUCAAUGUGACCUGGUUUAUUCACAGAAGUACAAGGGUCGCAUUUUCGAUGAGAACCCCGGAGACUGGAAGGGGGUGGCAAAGGGUAACAAUAUGGAUGGUGGUACUGGCGGCCUUGGGAUUGUCUUUGCUUAUCACCUCUGAAGCGAAAUCAUAUGAGCCUACCGAAGCCAGUCCGAAGACACAUGUGUACAUGGUUGUCUUCGAUCAGAUGCCAGUAGUGACCUACAAUGGAAAAAUCCUCGGACUGCGCGGCACUGCCAAGUACUUCUCGGAAAGAUGGAGGAAAACUCACAAAAGAGCGCAUGUUUCCGACCUUGUCAAGAAGUACAAUGCCUAUCUGAUCAAGGAACAGGAUAAAAUCCUAAAUGAGUUUUUUGGCUUCGAAGGAUGUGAGAAGGUGUACCGCUACACGCAUCUUGUCAAUGGAGUGGCGCUUUCUCUCACCGACGACGAGGCGGAACGGCUGGCUGAGCACCCGAGAGUUGAACGUGUGCAGAAGAGUUACAGGGUGUAUCCGUCCACCGUGCAUACGCCGGAUUACCUGAACCUGCAUAAAGGAGUGUGGUCGCAAUUUGGCGGUCCUGUAGGCGCAGGGGAGAACAUGAUCAUUGGAAUAGUUGAUACAGGAAUUGAUCCUACACAUCCAAGUUUCACCACGCGGGGGCAGAAGCUCUACGGUCCCCUUCGCAAGUACAGAGGCAGAUGCGAUGUGGCGAAGGAAUUUCCUCGCGGCUCUUGCAAUGGAAAGAUCAUCGGAGCUCGCUUCUUCAAUGCAGCUAUAAAGAAGGGUGGGUUCAAUGCUAGCAUCCAUUUCGCGUCGCCGCUGGAUGGCGAAGGCCAUGGGACUCACACUGCAUCCAUCGCGGCAGGAAACUAUGGGGUGCCGGUUAUUAUGAAUGGCGCUAACUUUGGAAAAGCAAGUGGCGUUGCACCGAGGUCGCGUAUCGCUGUCUACAAAGCGCUCUACCGCCACAUUGGAGGAUUUAUCCCCGACGUUAUCGCCGCUUGUGAUCAGGCGGUCGCUGACGGAGUCGACAUUCUGAGUCUCUCGCUUGGACCGAACAGCCCACCGUCAGGCUCCUCGACCACUUUUUUGAAUGUCCUGGACAUAGCACUCCUGAAUGCAGUCAAGGCCAAUGUGCUUGUCGUCCAAGCAGCUGGAAACGAGGGUCCGUAUCCCAAGACUGUGACGUCGUUCAGCCCCUGGGUUCUGUCAGUAGCAGCAGGAGUGGACGAUCGAACCUUCCGCAACACCAUGGUUCUUGGCAAUCGGCAAAUCAUCAAAGGAACUGGGAUAGCUCCUCCAACGAGAGGCGGAGGUCUCUAUCGCUUAAUUUUGGCGCAAGACGCAGUGCAAGGACGUGGAGAUCCACUUCUAUCUCCAAGCGAGUGCCAGUCACCAAAGCUCUACAACAAUCUCCUCGUCCGGGGAAAGAUCCUCAUCUGCACGUAUACUUUCGACUUUGUUUACGGCGGGUCUACAAUGCAGCAGCUGGUGAAGACGGCUAAAUCAUUGGGAGCGGCUGGUGUGACCGUGGUGGUGGACUCGGAUAGCUCGGGUCAAAAAUUUGAGCCUGUUCCUCUUGCCAUACCUGUCAUCGUCCUCCCUACCUCUGCCGAUUCAAAUAUUCUACUGUCAUACUACAAUAGGUUCACGAAGAAGGAUCGGAAGGGUAAAAUCCUUACGUUCGGAGCUACUGCUAGGAUUGGCAACGGGCAGACCAUCACCUACACAAGAUCAGCUCAACGAGUGGCGCUCUUUUCUUCGAGAGGGCCAAAUGUCAAGGACUUCAACUUCAACGAAGCAGAUAUUUUGAAACCAAAUAUAAUGGCGCCUGGAUACAUGAUCUGGGGUGCCUGGACUCCCAUAGGGACAUCCCAAGCAGCCUUCGCAGGACAAAGGUUUGCUAUGAUAUCAGGGACAAGCAUGGCAACGCCUCACGUUGCAGGUUUGGCAGCACUGUUGAAGUGGAAAUAUCCGACCUGGAGUCCUUCAGCUCUUGUUUCUGCGAUGACUACCACGGCAGACGUUGCAGAUCGUUUCGGACGUCCGCUUCAAGCUCAAAGUCCCUCCCCCGAUGGUAGCCCCCUGUUGCAGACAGCCACCCCGUUUGACAUGGGAGGUGGUGCACUCAAUAUCCACGCCGCCAUGAACCCCGGACUCAUCUUCGAAACAGGUUAUCUCGAUUACGUGAGAUUCUUGUGCUCUUUAUCCACCCCGCGAGAAGUCCUUGGCGCAACCAAGAUGUCGUGCCCACGACUUGCUGGCAAGCCCACAGAUCUUAAUAUCCCCUCCAUCACAUUUGCCAAUUUGGUUAAAACCGUGUAUGUUGCAAGAACGGUUACGAACGUCGCUGCUGUUGCGGAGAAAUACACCAUUUCCAUCACCAAUGCUCCAGACUUUGUGGUCACCGCAAACCCUGCCGUGUUCACCAUCGGAGUGGGCCGCCGGAACAAGCAGACUAUCGUGUUCACAGUGCGCGCUACACGAGCUUCUCAGGCGUCUAGCUUCGCAAGAAUUACGUUCAAGGGUUCCUUGAGCCACGUCAUCCGUGUUCCGGUGUCCGUUGUGAACAAGAGACUGAGAUAGGGCACGUAAUUUUUCCCAAUACCAUUUUGAUGUGAAACAAAAUAAACUGUCAAGAUGUGUGCAAUUUCUUCCGUAACAGAAACUUUUCAUCGUAGUUAGGGUUUAGGUCUAGUAGACGUGACCAAAAGAAUCACGCUUCAAAUUCAGGAUUAGGAUAUGAAGCUUGCUGGUCAGAAUUUAUGAGCUUCUUCAGCUCAAGUAGCCUUCUAUUGCACUCUCUCGCCGGUUUUCUCCAUGUCCCGCAUUCUGUUUUUUGUCGGGCUUUAUUUUAGGAUAUUAUGUAGCGAUAGAGCAGUGAGAACUUAUUUCAUUUCUGUCGAGUGUGCACAUCUCCGCCAUCUAUUCAGAAAAGAAUUUGUGCUCGCCUUUUGGAGUCAGCCGGUUCAACACA